UGUAUCGUGGUACUCGCGGUUGUUCCGUACUAUCGAACGAAAAUCCCAUCUCAGUAACUACCUGUGUCGAAACCGCUGAUCAGGAAAAUCUUUCAACACGAAAAAUUCUAGGAAAUUUCGUGUAGUCUCAGUUUUUUGCCGCUGGCCAACACAACAGAGAAUAAAUUAAUUCGCUUGGACAACUACGUUAUUCGAAUACGAUGGUUGUGUUUAUUAGGUGAUAAAAAGAAACUAGUGCGAGAUAGCGAAACACGGAGUUAUGAUAGUAAUUUUUUUUUAUGGUUAAAUAACAACAUUUUUAUUUGUGUGCAUUGUUAGUUGGAAUACCGCAAUGGCAAUUAUAGGUGGGUAUUCCCUAAGUGCCAGGCAGAUCAUCAAAAAAAGACUGCCCAUAUUAGCUUGGUUGCCUGCGUACACAUUUGGAACAUUCCUUCAAGACAUACUGGCUGGUUUCACGGUUGGUCUGACUGAAAUACCACAGGGUAUCGCAUACGCUCUAGUCGCAGGUCUGCCUUCUCAAUAUGGACUAUACAGCGGUUUCAUGGGCUGUUUCGUGUACUUUCUGCUGGGCAGUUGCAAAGACCUUAACGUUGGGCCCACCGCCAUCAUGGCGCUCAUGAUACAGCCCUUUGUAACCUCCAUGGGAGCAGCAGGGGCGGUCUUGCUAUGUUUCUUGUCAGGAUGUAUUAUUUUUAUACUAGGACUACUUCAUUUAGGAUUUAUCGUCGAAUUCUUCUCCUACCCAGUCAUAGCAGGCUUCACCACUGCCGCAGCUCUAAAUAUAGCCUCGUCACAGAUCAAGAGCUUAUUGGGCAUAGCAGGAAAGUCCCAAGAGUUCCUGGAAUCCUGGAUAUAUGUCGUUGAGCACAUCAAGGAGACCAGAAAGUGGGACGCCGUUCUUGGUUUUACCACGAUAGUAUUUUUAGUUAUUACUAAGGAAAUAAGGAGAUAUGGAACUCUGAAAAUUCGUCCAGAAUGGUCGAGGAAUAGGAACAUCCUCGGUAUAUUCCUUUUUAUGUUCUCACUAGCUAGGAAUGCUAUCGCUGUGAUCGUAGGCACCCUGCUUGCCUACAAUUAUUACGAGGAUGAUAAUACUCCAUUUAGAUUAACAGGUAAUGUGACAGGAGGUCUUCCAGAGUUUACUGCUCCACCAUUCACAACCACCUUCAAUGGUACCAACUUCGCAUUUACGGACAUGAUUAGAGAGUACGGAGCCGUAAUUAUUUUUUGCCCCCUAGUAGCAGUUUUGGAGCAUAUAGCCAUUGCAAAGUCAUUUUCCAAGGGUCGUACACUGGACGCCACGCAGGAGCUCAUAGCCCUUGGUAUGUGCAACAUCAUGGCAUCUUUCGUACAGUCGAUGCCAAUCACUGGUUCCUUCACCAGAACAGCUGUGAAUAACGCCUCAGGAGUAAAAACUACAGCCGGAGGCAUCAUCACUGGAGCUAUGGUUCUUCUGGCCUUGGGUUUUCUAACCUCAACUUUCCGCUACAUCCCGAAGGCUACCUUGGCUGCGGUCAUCAUGGUGGCCAUGUACUAUUUGUGUGAAUUUCACGCCUUUCUCUUACUAUGGAAGACAAAGAAAAUUGAUCUGAUCCCACUCACUGCCACCCUCGUAUGCUCUCUUCUGAUCAGUUUGGAGUAUGGAAUCUUAAUCGGCAUUGCGACUAAUAUGAUCUUCGUUCUGUACUCGUCCGCGCGUCCAAAAUUGGACAUCGAGCGACGCUCUGGUGACGUCUAUCUGGUGAAAUUAAAAACUGGACUCCAUUUUGCUGCCGCGGAAUAUGUGAGAGAAAAUAUACUCUUCAAUUGUAACGCGGAGAAGAGCACCGUGGUUAUAGAUGGGAAAUAUGUGGGAAACAUAGACGCUACAGUAGCAAAGAGCUUUAACGUGUUGAAAGAAGAAUUAGAGUUGAGGGACCAAAAGCUGAUAUUCGUGAAUUUUAAGGAAUCUGUGAUGAACACCUGCGUGGGGGUCAACAAAGAAAUAAGAAGUUCCUUUAGGGACAGAAUCGAGCAAAUUCCUGAAGUUCCUACCAUUGCAAGAGGAGACAUGUUCACUGUACAAUCCGUGGAAUAAUAUUUUAUUAAUUAUUGUGCUCAUUUUGUAUAUACAGUUGUUGUUAAGAGUUUUAAAUUAUAUAUUGAAUAUUUUGUUAGUAUCUGUUGUUUUUUCUUGUAAAAUAAUUUAAUUAUAUUUCGA